ACUCUGCUUGUCGAUUUUUGGCAUCGCCCAGCACAUAUUCUUCCUGGAGAGAUGGAAGACAUCUGUGUCCAGCUGGGAUCCCACUCCAUGUGAUCUAUGGAGUUUGUAGAAUCCCCCAGGGGUGGCACUGUACCCACCGCAAAGCCCGUCAUCCCUCUGCAAAAAGAUCCAACUUGAAGACAUUGUUCAUCACUUCUUAGGAGACCCCAAGCACAGUUCAGAGCAGCAUCGCGUGUAGAAGAAGAAACCUCCUUGAUCUGGCUGCUGCAGGCAGACAUCCUAGCUGUGAGAUCACCAGUGUUAUAAAUAUCUCAAGCAGUGCCAGUGUGCAGGUUGGGUCUCUCACUAGAACUGAGCCAUGCCUACCAUCUCUGCACGCACACAUCAAGCCUCUGGCUCAGCGCAAGAUAGCCAUUGACUCACCAACUGGCUGCUGCUGCUGCUACUGCAGGAGCCACCGGGGCAGCAAAAUGCUCUUGGGAUACCCCUCAUUGGAAGAAUGAGCUUUCCUUCCUUCGGUUUUGUCAUAUUAUUUCUACUAGCCACCACCAACCUCUGGACCUCAGCAGCAGCAGCAACCCCAAAGCAGAAGAAAAUUAAAGGACAGCUUGCCAAGGGUUCCAGCAACGCCAAGAGAACCAUUCCAUCCUCCUCUGCAACCUCUUCUUCCUCCUUAUCUCCAGCAAGUUUCCUGGCAUCAGAGCCUAGGACUUCCCUGUGGAGCACAGCAGGGCGAAGAACUGGCAGCUUGUUCUGCAGAGUGGGCAUUGGCUUUCACCUCCAGAUCCACCCGGAUGGCAAAGUCAAUGGUUCCCAUGAAGCUAAUCAUUUAAGUAUUUUGGAAAUAUUUGCUGUGUCUCAGGGGAUUGUGGGAAUAAGAGGAGUUUUCAGCAACUCAUUUCUAGCCAUGUCUAAAAAGGGAAAACUACAUGCAACUCCUAAAUUUACAGAUGACUGCAAAUUUAUGGAAAGGUAUCAGGAAAACAGCUAUAACACCUAUGCCUCAGCUACUUACAGAACUGAAAAAACAGGGAGAAGGUGGUACGUGGCUCUUAAUAAAAGAGGCAAAGCCAAAAAGGGUUCUAGCCCAAGAGUGAAACCUCAGCAUAUAUCAACACACUUUCUCCCUAGGAUCAAGCACAUAGAUCCUCCUGAACUAUCAUUUACUGUAACAGUACCCAAAAAGAAAAAGACUUCACCUAUACCUGCCAAACCCAAAACCGUGAAGCCACCACCGAAGAAGGGCAGUAGCCCUGUUAGAUACAGACUAAAGUUUCGCUUUGGAUAAUUUGUGACUUGUGUCCAGUCGUGGUAGAAAUAUUCUUACUGUGCUGGCAGUGUGACAAAUAUAGCACAGCAGUGGGUUCAUCCUUCUAUAAUAUAACCAAUGAGAUUGCCCACAUCUAAAUUCUGGUUAGGGAAGUGGAUUAUUUGAUAGCGGGUUUGAGAUUUCUCAGUGAGUGCAAUACAACGGUUCAGGUAAACUUCCAAAAACUGUGGGAAGACAGUCUUUGGGAAAUAACUUGAUGUACUAAAGUAUUUAUCAUAUGAUUGCAAGAGGAGUAUGAAAGACUGCAUAUGACUAUGUUAAACCUCAUAUAAAUGUAUUAACCCAAAGUGAUAACUAACACUCCAGGUACAUAAUUACUUUUAUGUAGCACAUUUGAAAUACAAAAUAAAUAUUUGAUAAAUUUACAGUG